AUGACGGUGAACAGACUCCACGGAUCAUGUCUUGUCGUAGUGCUCAGUCUGUACAUGGCGUAUUUAUCGGUGACGAUGUCCCAGAACAGUAUACAAGUAGACCCAACAACAGAGCAUGCAUGCAGAUCCAAUCGACUGUCAGCUACCGAGUGGUUGUAUAAAUGUUGCGAUGGAUACUAUAAUUAUAAUUAUACUACGUGCCUAGAAUGUAAACCUGGCUAUUAUGGCGAUGGCUGUUUCAGUAACUGUCAGUGUGAAAAUGGUGCGGCGUGUAGUAAUGUAGAUGGAUCGUGCACGUGCCAAGACGGUUACUAUGGUAACACAUGUGCUUUACCCUGCAACUGUAAAAAUGGCGCAGAUUGUAGCAUGGCGGAUGGGUCUUGUACUUGCCAACCUGGUUACUAUGGGACUUUGUGCGGGAAAUCCUGUAACUGCCCGGAUAAUUCUGUGUGUUCGCAAACAGCAGACGACUGCGUGUGUGUAGAUGGAUUUUAUGGCGCCGAUUGUGAUGGGAGGUGUAAUUGCUCCAAUAACGCCAUAUGCGAUCCGAUAGAGGGCACGUGCUCUUGUAAGCCCGGUUACUACGGAAGAGAAUGUCGAUACCGGUGUGAUUGUUACAAUGGCGCCCGCUGUGGUUCCACGGACCCUCAUCAAUGUGUCUGUCCAAAUGAAUGGGCCGGAAGUAGGUGCAUAAAUUGUGUGGACGACGGUAACUACUGCAAGGACAAAUGCCUACAUUGUUAUAAUGGACACACGUGCAAGGCCACUGAGCAAACCUGUGAUUGCUCGCCGGGUUGGCAAGGCAACCGUUGCGAUGAAACGUGUAAUGUCGGGUUCUAUGGAGACGGUUGUUCAGAAGAGUGUAUGUGUGAAAAUGGCGGAACAUGCCAUCAUGUGACUGGCGCGUGCACGUGCACACCGGGGUGGAUAGGGAAUAAUUGUACUGAAAAAUGCCCAGUCAACUGUCAGGAUUGUACCAAAGUUGACGAGAUAGUUUGCACAUCGUGCAAAUCUGGGUGGAUUGGUUCAAAGUGUGAGAAAUCUUGCAAACCAGGGACGUACGGAACGAUGUGCACAAACAUAUGUCCUUACUGCGACGGGUCGUACUGCUAUCACGUGGAUGGGAGUUGUGACUGCCCUCACAGCUCAACUGGCGUAGCACUGAACAGAUGUGGUGAGAACGCGUGUGGCUGUCUCAACGGUGGGAAGUGUAACACUACAUCUCUGCUUUGUGACUGCCUUGAUGCAUGGCUAGGAGAUUACUGCAAUGAAACGUUUUUACUAAAAGAAAGUAGUAAUGAUAGCGAGAACCAAAAUAGUAAUAAUGGUACAAAGAGUAAAAUUGGUUCAUCUAGCAGUCUUAUUGACAUCAUCGCAACUGUAGCAGUCAUCGUUGCUGUGAUGAUCUGUGUUGUGGUCGUCAUUGUAGUGUAUGUCAUGCGACGUCGGAAGAAAAAUAACAAAAAGUCAAACGAGUUGUAUAUCACUCAGCCUACCAGUACAAUAGCUUACGACACAAGCCAGGACUAUGCAAUCAUUUCAAACGAACCAAGAACAGACACUGAUAUAUUUUCCAGCACUCUCAGAUAUGCAGAAAUUACAGACGAAAAGAAAGACCAAACUAACAUACGACCACCAGAAUCCCCAAAGAAUCAACAAAGAGAUACCGUAAAUUUGCCGUUACUAAGCAACAGGGCAGAGUGUCCGGAUAACAUGACAGCAAGCGAUCCAGACGAGCAUAUUUAUGCCGAGCCGUUUCAACAUGAACAACAUGUGGAUCGACCAGCUGAAAAGGUCAAAUCUGCGCCAAUCGAGGCUUAUCAGAUUGUCCCGUUAACAGAGGGGCAUGCCGAACCCGAAAAUGCCGACCUCUACGACCACACCAACUGGCAGCCACGAGAAAGAAGUGAUCAGGAAACACUAGAGGAAUACAAUGAAUUGAACUUGAACAAAGACACUCGUACAAGAGAUCACAUUUACAAUACCUUAACUAAAUGGUGA